AUGGGUCAAGAAGUUCCUGGUAACAUGAAAAAUGAACUGGAAAAAGCAGUGACCUUGAAACGGAUAAUUUUUGCGAAUGAAAAUCAGCUCACACAAGUAGAAGAAAGUUUUCCAGCGACUCCGAUUGCUUUAGGUUAUCUCUCUGCGAUUGGUGAGUUUAAGCGAUCUAAUCACUAUCGUCCUCAAGCCUUUAUCCUCACAAACAGUGAUAAUAUCUAUGGCUUACAGGAUAUUUUGGAGAAUUUUCCAGACCUUCAACUUACAGUGGCGGCUUAUACCAAUAUGAGUACCAAAUUGCUCCAUUUGGAAGAAGAAUACCCCAACAUUCAAUUGAUUCCUUCAAUUAAUGAAGAGAUGUUACAAGAUGAAUUGGAAAAGGCAGAUAUUUACUUAGACAUUAAUCGAGGGCUAAAGGUGGGUGAGGUUUUGAAAUGGGCUUAUGAACAAAACAUGCUUAUUUUCUCUUAUAAAGAAGUGGCACAAGCUGAAGCUCAUGGAUUAGUUUUUGAAGAAAUUCGUGAUUUAUGUAACCAUCUCUCCUAUCUUUUAACGGAUCGAACGAAUUGGCAGAAAUUACUCACAAAAAUGGUUGAGAAGAAUGGGCCUCUAUCUACGAUUCAAGACUAUCAGAACUUGCUAGAUGCUUAA